UCUCGUUCUCCUGUCAACACAUGCAUAACGUAUUUUAUAGAAAUAAAAAUAAUCUAACAAAGAAAAUAUUUCUAUCAAUACUUUUACAUUGUAACCCAAUUGUAACUACAAUGUGGGAAUGAUGUUUAAAAUAUAAACGCCCUUCAGUAUUCAGUAAGGUUAAAUAACCUAUAGUGUGUUGAUGCUCACAAUUUUCAUUAACAUUCUGUCUAGCAGUAUUCCUUCUUACAAUAUUUUUUUCUGGAAAAAAUAUAUUUAAUAAGUAAGUAAAAAUAUUCCGAGCUAUUUUAUUUAACUAGAAUUGAUGCUGACAUAAAGUACAUGUGUGUCAAAACAAUUAACAUGUCAUACUUAAGGAUCUUGCAUUGCCAUUUAUGCCUUAAACAUGGAACAGUCAAUUUAUGUCCAAAGUCAAUGCUCCUAAAAAAAUGUAGCUAUAAACCAAUUCAACAGCUGGCAAAUAUAUCUUUAUCCUGUCAUCUUAGUAACAAUUCACCCUUAACUACUCAAACUGCAACUACUUCCAUAAAGAAGAAAAGUAAAAAUGUUCCACAAGAUACCAGAAUGUGGAAAGAAACUCCGACUCAUGAUGUUAAGAAUAACUUAGUACAAUAUUCUAUGAUGCUCUCCAAAUUUCGACUGACUUCCCUAGUGGUAAUGACAUCAAUGGCGGGUUACACUCUUGCACCUGCUCCAUUUGAUUUAACAACAUUUGCUCUAUGUACUGUGGGUACAGGCCUCGUGAGCUCUGCGGCAAAUUCUAUCAACCAAUACCAUGAAGUACCUUUUGAUGCACAGAUGUCUCGAACUAAAAAUAGAGUGCUUGUAAAAGGAUUACUAGAACCAGUACAUGCUAUUAGUUUUGCAGCAGCAUCAAGUGUUGCCGGUCUAAGUGUAUUAUAUUUCGGUGUUAAUCCCUUAACAGCAGCACUGGGUGCUGGAAAUCUUGUUUUAUAUUCCUUUAUAUAUACACCAUUGAAGAGAAUAUCAAUAACUAACACAUGGCUUGGCUCUGUUGUUGGUGCAAUCCCACCCUUAAUGGGAUGGGCCGGUUGCGCUGGUGGACUAGACGCGGGCGCGCUAGUGCUAAGCGCGGUGCUGUAUUCUUGGCAGUUCCCACACUUCAAUGCACUUUCUUGGAAUCUGAGGCCCGACUACUCGCGCGCCGGUUAUAGGAUGAUGGCGGUCACUGACCCUGCUCUAUGUAGAAGAGUGGCUUUACGACACACGGGCUUGAUAACAACGACAUGCAUCGGUUCUUCUUAUCUUGGAGUGACAAAUAUGUGGUUUGCGCUUGAGUCCUUACCACUUAAUAUUUAUUUUAUGUACUUAGCAUGGCAGUUCUAUAAAAAAUCAGACAGUGGCAGUUCUCGGAAACUCUUUAGAUUCUCUCUGAUACAUUUGCCAGCACUAAUGUUACUGAUGCUAGUCAAUAAAAAAUAUUGGAGUUCGAGUAAGGCAGAAGAACAUAAUGACACUUUAAAGAUUCAAGAUGUUAACAAACAUCCGGAGUUCGCAAAAGGAAUUACAGUAUUGCCGAGGAGGCCUGUCGUCGCGGCGCAGGAUUCAAAUAUAGAAAAAAACGCUAACGCUUAGUUAAUAACUACGAAAUAGUAGAUAUUUUUUGUAAAUAAUGUACAAUUUACAUUUGUGAUUUUAUUUAUAGAAUUGAGUGUAAGAUAAUAAAUCGCUGGUUACCGAGAUUGUUACAUGGUUAAGUUAUAUUUUGAUUACAAAUCAAUUAGAUGCUUAAUAGGUAAAAUCAUGUAAAUGAAAUAGACAAAUAAUAAAUCCUUAUAUUUAUUUUGUU